AUGUUCAUAAAGAUCUCAACUAUGAUGAGAUCACAGUUGAAAGUCAUAGUUACAUAUUCAGAAGACAUACCAAAUGGUCUCAGAGAGAAACAUGUGAAGAUACUAAUACUUAUGAUAAUAUAA